AUGUCUUCAAAGUACGCUGCAGUUCACGAAAAGCCCGAUGGCCCCGGCGAUGCGCGUCCUACUGCUUCUCAGAUCAUCACGGAUUAUGAUUUAGAAGGAAAGCUAUCAGGAAAGGUCGUCCUCAUCACCGGAUGCUCAUCAGGCAUCGGCGUUGACACCGCCCGUGCAAUCUAUCGCACUGGCGCCACUAUCUACGUGACUGCUCGUGAUGUCGACAAGGCCAAGGCGGCACUGCACGAUUUGGCGGACAAGUUUCGUGUCAACUUCCUGCAGCUUGACUUGAGCUCUCUAGACUCGGUGCGUGCUUGCGCAGAGAGCUUCAAGUCCAAGAGCGACCAGUUAGAUAUCCUCAUUGAGAAUGCUGGCGUCAUGGCAUGUCCCGAAGGCCGCACAGCAGAUGGAUUCGAGACCCAGUUCGGCACCAAUCACCUCGGUCACUUUCUCCUCUUCUGCCUGCUCAAGGACACCUUACUUCACUCGUCGACCCCCAUUUUCAACUCCCGAGCUAUCAUUCUUUCAUCCUGUGCCCACCAGGCUGGUUCGGUUCAUUUGGACAAUCUGACCCUCGAGGGUGAAUAUGAGCCAUGGAAAUCAUACGGCCAGAGCAAGACUGCCAACCUCUGGACGGCGCGAGAAAUCGAAAAACGAUUUGGAGCCCAGGGCCUUCAUGCAUGGGCUGUUCACCCCGGCAGUAUUGCCACUGAACUCCAACGACAUGUUUCUGAAGAGGUCAAACGGGGUUGGGCGGCUGACAAAGAAUUGGCCAAGAACUGGAAGAGCAUUGAACAGGGAGCUGCAACCACCGUCCUCGCAGCGGUUUCACCUGAACUUGAGGGCAAAGGUGGCCUAUACUUGGAGGAUACCCAGGUUGCUAAGUCUCCAGGUACCGGCGGUGCUGGCUAUGCAGACUGGGCUUACGACGAAGAAGGCCCCGGGAAGUUGUGGGAAAAGAGUCUCGAGCUUUUGAAGCUAUAA